UUUAUAUAUAUGCAUAAAUUUAACAAUGUAAGUGUCUUAAACAUAAAUAAAAAAUGUAUUUUAUUGAAAAUAUAUCACUUUUUUAAUCUAUUACUUUUGUAAUGAAUAAAUUUCGCUGUUAUCGAUGAGUGCGUUCAGGAAACACAAGUGAUUAAUAUAGUUAAUGAUUAUUGGUCUUUGCUGUUAGAUCUAUAAAUCUAAACCAAUUACGUAAAUGAUUUACUUAAUCAUUGUGAGCGUUGUAUUUUCUGAACACAUUUGUUUUCUGAUGCUACAAGAACGAGAUAGGACAGGUAUAAUUAUGUAUAUUAUAGAAAUUACAAAUCUGUUUAAUAAAUUAUAUGUAUUUUAAAAUUGUUCUCUUUUUAUAAUAUGAAAUUAUGAAGUAGUUUAAUUUCAUCUUAUAAAUCUAUGAAAAUAACCUUGUUAGUGCAUUCAAUAACUUAACCUAUGUUUUGCUUUCUAUCUAUUUCGAAAUAGUAAAAUGGCUUAUGCAGUUGUUACAUUUGAUGAUGAUCUCGUGUCUGAAGUACCAACGAAUAUGAAAAAUGUACCAUCUCUAAUAUCCAAACGUACUGAUCCUGAUAUUCAGACAUGGCAAUUACUUACAGUGAAUAUAGAAAAAUACUGUGCUUCCCUUGAUAAAGCACGAAAAAUAGCAGACGAUAAGAAUUAUACUUCUUGUGAAGAAUCCCAAUUAGGAAAAGGUUGCAGAACUAAAAUUCCUAAUAAACAAAUUUAUUCUGAUGACGAUUCCGAAGAAGAUAAAGAAAAUGAAAAAAAUAAACAAGUGAAAACAAAGAGAAACAAAAGAUUGAAUCAACAGAUACAUAAAGAUAGUAGCGGAUCAGAUAAUAAUAGUAAUAAUUAUAAUAAGGAAGGAAUUGGAAAAAAGACACAACUUAAAUUGCCACAAUGGCCAGAUAUUAAUAAUCAGGUCGACGAGGCAAUAUCUUUACAAUUGAAUGAAAGUUCAAAUGAAAACAAUGAUGAUGAAUCCGAAAGAGAUUGUAGAAGAGACCAUUCACCAAGUAAACAUUCACCAAGUUACCGUUCACUGGAACGUUCACCAAUGUCUUCACAAAUUAAAACCAAUCAAUUAGAAAAUAUGAUAUAUAACAUGCGAAAAAUUAAAGAAGAGGUGCGCAAAAUAAAAAAUGACGUAAUGCCACUAGUUCGAAGAACAGACGAAAACGUUCAGACAUUAAUGAGAAUGGCUGCAGCAUCCGAUAUUCACUUUACAAAUAUUCAACAACGUAUUGAUGAUAUUACACCAGGAGUACUACCACCCGUUUCUACAGAUCGAAUAACAAAAUGUUUACCCUUAAAAACUAUUGAUGAAAUACGUCAGAUGGAGUCUAUUUUAGAAUUAAAAAAUGAAGGAGAAAGCUUCGUCAACGAAUAUAAAACUUUUAUUAAAAGAAUUGGUGGUCAUACUUUGCGCGAGAUUGUUAAAAAUGCAUUGUCACAAGUUUUCACAAAUGAAUGUGCUUUACAGUGUUCUUGGAAAGGUCGUAAAGAUAAUUUUGGAGUUGCACCUUUAUGUAUUAUAAAACAUAUAAGAGAUGUGGUGUUAGAUAUGCAUACAAAUUAUACUCAAAAAGAAUUUGACGAAGCUGCAAGUGAUUGGUUGCGUUUUGCUAAACAAAGACUCACAAGGCAAACCAGGAUUAAUAAUGAAUAGAUUAAACAAAGUUGUUCCUCCAUGUGAAAUAUUUCAUCAAGUUUGUGUAAAAUAUUCCAAAGUAAUUACUCCAAAGAGAUAAUUUUCAAAGAUAAAAUUUUAUUUUAUUAUAUAUUUUAUUAUAUUGUUGAUUACAAAUUUGAAAACCUUUAACUUCGCUUUUGUAAAUUGCAAUACUUUAUGACAAGAAAUACUUAUCUUGAUAAAAUUUCAUAAAAUAUCGCAAUUUUGUAACAAAGUUAAACGAUUUUCAAAUUUGACAAUAUUUUAUUUUAUAGAGUUCUAUUCUACCGAGAGUUUGAAUCGAGUUGAGUUAGGCCAAUUAGCCAAUAGUUAUACUGGUUACAACAGAAUCUAAUUUCCGUUGUGACCAGCAUAGCCAUUGGCUAAUUGGCCUAACUAAACCCGAUUCAAAUUUUUGGUGGAAACCAAAAUCAUGGUUAAUCUUGUUUUGACCAUUUUUUUAAAACUUAAAGUAAUUACAAAAGCUGGUUAAUGUGCAAAAAAUAAAUAGUAUAUUUGUUACAUCAUCCAUAUAAAGCAAUAUUACACGCAAUUAAUAUUAUUAUAUUAAACAAUAUAAGCAAUACUAUAUAAGUCCUAAUAAGUUCUACUGAAAAUGUACUUAUUUUUGUAAAACAAAUUGAAACAAAAUAAAACUCG